AUGGUCUCCACUGACACUGACCACAGGGAGAUGGCCACAGCUGCUGAGCGGUGGGAUCAAGAAGCAGGAGAACCUCAGCUCUCAGACUGGUUUAACCCCAAAAAACGUCCUGAUGUAAUAACAACAACUGACUGGCUUGCUCCAGUCAUAUGGGAAGGAACUUACAAUAGACGAGUCCUGGAAAAAUAUUACAAAAGGCUAAAUAUUACCAUAGGCUUGGCUGUAAUACGUGCUCCUGGAAAGUUUUCACCUCAGGACUACCAAGAGUUCAUCAGAUCUGCUAAUAAGCACUUUAUGGUUGGCUACAAUGUUAUCUUUUACAUCUUGAUGGAUAGCUUCUCCAAGCUGCCUCCCAUAGCGCUAGGUCCCCUUCGAACAUUGAAAGCACUUUUGGUGGUCAAAGAAAAUCCACAGGAAGACUUUUAUUUCAUACACAUGAAGAACUUAUUUAACUACAUCAUAACACACAUCCAGCAUGAAGUCAACUUUCUCUUCGUUAUGACUGCAAACCAGAUCUUCAAGGAUGACUUUGGAGUGGAAACCCUGGGAAAAUCUGUAGCUCAACUUAGUGGCUGGUGGUAUUUUAAAAAUGGUAAAACUUUCCCUUAUGAGAGAAGACGUAAAUCAGCAGCUUUCAUCCCUUUUGAGGAGGGAGAUUUCUACUACCAUAGUGCAAUUUUUGGUGGCACAGUCCAGGAGGUUUUAAACUUCAUUAAAGAAUAUCAGAAAGGAGCUAUUCAAGACAUCAAAAAUAGACUUAGCAGCACAUAUGAACAUCACCUAAACAAAUAUCUUUUUAUCAAGAAACCCACUAAGUUAUUAUCACCAGAAUACAAUUGGGAUCCAAGUUUUAGAACUCCUCCACAAAUUAAAUCUGUUAAGAUAGUAUGGCAGUCAAAAAGUGUUGGAUGGUCCCACCUCAGGGCCAACCUCCCCACAGAGGCCUUCCCGGGUCCCCUGAACCAGCGCAACUGCCGUCGGCUCUCCUCGGAGCCCCCGGUGCCCCGCGUCGCGCUCUCCGCCGCGUCCAGGGACGCGGUUCGUCUGAUGCUCGCUACCUGUGUCAGCUCCACGAGGGCGGGCCCCGUGUCUGCCCCUCGUCCCCAGCACUGGGCGCGCCGCUGGCCGACGGCAGGGGCCCGGACAGGCUUUUAUUGGAGGACACCGCGCCCCACUCGAACUCACUGCCUGGGGCUCGGGCUCGAGGGUGGCCGCGCCGCUUUCUCCCCCUCACGCCACGGGCGCUCCCAGCACAGGGCCGGCCUCGGCGCCCUCACUCUGGCCACACGGCCCCUCCGCCUCCUCCCUUCCCUCGGACCCUACGCCGCUCAAGGAGGGCACCAUUUUCUCCUAAUUCGUCGGCCCCAAAGCGGGGAGGGGGGGAAGGAGGGCUUCUUCUUCGUAGCCUCUCCUCAAGCCCUCCUCUCAGCCGUCCGCCCGGCCACGCCCCUCAGCGCGUGGAUAGCGGGAAGCGCCCCAGAAGCGGCCUCGCGGGAGGAGAGGGCGGCGGAGGGGGGGGCGUGUCCUCCUCGGUCCUGGGCGUCGAUUGGCCGGGCCGCGGGGAGGGGGCGGGGCCGCUGCCUGGGUCUUGGGCUCCCGGGUCGCCUCCGGGCAUUCCUCGCAGCUCCAGCUCCCGUACCGCCGAACGCGACGUCAGAGUAG